CCUGCCUUUAGAUGUACAGGAAUUCCCUAGUGAUUGAUAGCUUUUACAUAGUGUACUGUGUAAAUACUUCAUAUGUGGGGCUCUUUUUUUUUCCUAGUCUCGAAGAAAUCUUUGUGAAGAAGCUUUGCUGAAAAUUAAAGGUGUUAUUAGUUUUACAUUUCAAAUGGCUGUUCAGAGAUGUGUGGUCCGAAUUCGCUCAGACUUAAAAGCAGAGGCUUUGGCAACAGCGAUAGCAUCAACCAAAGUUAUGAAGGCACAGCAAGUUGUAAAAAGUGAAAGUGGUGAGGAGAUGCUAGUUCCGUUCCAAGAUACUCCAGUGGAAGUAGAACAGAAUACAGAUCUACCUGAGUAUUUACCAGAAGAUGAAAGCCCUAGUAAGGAACAGGAUAAAGCAGUGUCUCGUGUUGGGUCACAUCCAGAAGGUGCAGCAAGCUGGCUCAGCACAGCAGCAAACUUUCUAUCCAGAUCUUUCUACUGGUGAACUUGUAUUUGGUGUUAAAAGACUGUGUGAGCCAACAGGGGGGCCAGUUUUCCAUUGGUGUGGUGAACUGCCAAGUGCAAUUUGCAAUAAAUUAUCACAAAAAUUUUAGAUUACGCAAAAUUAAUGCUGCAUUUUACAUUUUAUUGGACAUUUGACCUGAUAGGACAGGGGUCAAUGGACAGAGGCCUCCAAUCAAAUUGUUCCUUUAUUUGUUUUUCAUGUAGAUUUUAUUGCUUCACUUUUUUAAAAAAAUGGGUCCACUAUUAUAUACCAGACAUUUAUGUGUAUAGAGCUUUAAGUUUGACUUCACGUAAAACACAUAAUAGGGAGAAUCCAUUUAACUUUAAGACUCAGGGCCUCUGUGAAUGAAAAAUCAUAACUAAAUGUGUAUUAAGUAAAAUGCCCUUUUUAUUUCUGCAUCCCUUAGGACUAAUUUGAUUCACUUUUCUGUAUUCUGACUAUAGAGAAAAAAAUAUAUAGUCUGCCUCUCUUUUUACCUUCAUUUUUGCCAACCCUUUUCACACAAUGAGCAUGAUGCUCCCUUUUUGCUAUUAAGCUAGCAUCACUACAUACUUGAAACUUAUAACCAUUUUAUGUGUAUUGCUUUUUUUUUCAGUCUGAAUUUAACCAUUGGAGUGCUUGAGAUUAAGAAAUAAGGGAUUGAGUAAACACAAGAAUGUGUACAUACAUUGUACAGUAAAUAAAUUAGAACAUAUUUGUAAUGAUGGUUGUGACUGGCUCAUGUAUAUAAAUAAUAAAUACCACUGACUGCU